AUGCGCGAAGACCACCAUGAUGACCGUCCGGACGGCGGAAGCCUGGAUUUUCCGAUUUGGAUACCAUCGCCUGGUCCACCGUCCAUGGUAGCAGAUGCGCACAACCAUCUCGAGAUACCUUCUCCCAACAUACCCGUGAUAGUGAAAUCACAGCCUCCAUCUCGAAGACCUAAAGGGCCGAUUGGGAGGCCUCGGGUACCGGAUGAGAUAUGGGAGCCGUUGAAGGGCGAGGUCUAUUAUCUAUAUUAUAAGACCAACAUGCUGGUACGCGACAUUCCGAAAACACUGGAGGAGUCAAAUCUUAACGAUCCGAAUUUCCACCCAUGUUUGUCGUCGUUGAGACACAAGAUGAGUGAGUGGGGGUUCGAAAAGAAGAAUGUGGUUCGUAAGAAGAUGCAGGUGAUGGCCGCGAAAAGUGAGAAACGAAUGAUAACAGAAGGGAAAAAGACUGUCAUUGUCCAUCACGGCGUACAGACCAGAGGUGAAGAAAUGGAGUUUUGGAAAAACGGAGCACCAACCCAGGCAUUAAUCCGGGAUAAGGACAGUGGCUUGCUUGCUGGUUUCGUUGCAACCCCGCCUGGUAUAACGUACUAUACUCCUGUUAGUUCUCCAAGAGCAGUCCCACCGAUUGCGGAUAUUGAAGAUUUCGGGGUCGAUCCUAGUCCCGCCACUCUGUUUCACGUUUUGGACAAGUAUGGCAAUACUGAAGCCCUUGAUAUGCCAGAAGAUGAAUUCGUUCCAACCCCAAUCAAAGACCUGGACGAGGAAUGCUGGGAGGAGCGAUACAGACGAUCAUUUGCAAGGAGCCCUGGUGCACACUCGUUCAAUGAGCCAUCGCCGACCGUAGCACCAGCAACAGACUCCGGCUACGCAUCCAUAGGAGGAGACAACAAAUCCAAAUCUCUAAACAACGAAGACGACGACGACACAUGUACAAUCAUGACCGAAAAUCAUCCUCUGGACAUCGAAACCGAAGUCCGAGACAAGCUUUCAGGAACCCUGGCCGAAGAACUAUUUCGUAGUCUCGAACCGACUUUGCAUCGGCAUAGCCAUGCUUGCAAGACGAUCAAGAAGGAAGCGAUUCGAAGACUGCUGAAGGAUUUCUCGAUCAAGCUGAGAUGUGUGGCGAAGCUUGGACAGGAGCAUGAUGCUACUGUUUUUGUUAGACAGCAACGAAGUCGUAUUGCGGCACUGCUUGACAAGAGCUUUCACUCUUUGAGCUGCGGCCAGGAUGAAGCGGUUGAGGAUGUCGAAAGCACACAGAGCUUUGAAAAAAUUGACUGGAAAGACAAGAUCGCGAAUUGGGAUGUUAUCGGAGCUGAUACGUUAGGUCGCGUCCCUGCUGAUGUAGUGCCAUCUGCCCCAGAAGAUGUGAUCGACGACGAAGACUAUAGCAUUUCUCAAUUUUCAAAAGCAAAAAUUUUCCUCCUAGAGAGCGUAGCUUACCGUAAUUUGGUGGAAGGAUUGACAGCAGAACUUCUGUUGAGCUCGAGAGAUGAGACGAUCAUAAACGACGUCAGAAAUACUGUCUUAGAUGGACUAGAAAAGAAUCCAAAGAAGAACGGAUACAAUAUCUCGAGCUGCGUCGUCCAGUUCGAGAUGCUAUGGACCCCCAUAAGCUUUCUCAAAGGCCAGUUUCCGGAUGUUCCAACUCCGAAGAUUGGAAAUAUUUUGGUGUAUACCGGAUCAGAAUUUGAUGCGCAAGUCUCGACAUGUGAGCAAUAUAUACGUCAAACUUGGGGCGCUGCUGGUGUCGAAGUGCUGCGCGCAUUGGAAGAAGUCAUACAUCGGGAGCAGAUUGGGGUGAAGUUCAAAAUUUGGCUUGCGGAUGCCUCGUGGCUCGAAGUCGAAUUAUCUGUUAAUAUCAUCGUCGUUGUUACUUCCGGUCCUGCGCCCACAGUUGCUGAUAUUGGCGAAUUACUGGCAUGGAUUGGUGCAGCUGGUCGGGAAUCUUCUCAUCCGAAUGAAAUAGGCAUCUCAAUACCGCGCAUCACUCGCCAAAUUACAUCUCGUCCUACUUUCACCAUCGAUGCAACAAUCGAAUCAAUUGACUCCAAGAGUAAUGGCCAAGAAAGCAGACCAAACGGAACCUGCUGGCAUUACAUGCUAAGAAAUCCCGUGGUCGUGAAAGGGUACCCUAUUCCACGACGAGAACACGGGGAAAGGGGGCUCGAGAUACAGCUCCCACUCAUGGCAGCUCUGGGAAACGCUGAAAGAGCCACCGUCUUCGAUGAAGGUUUGGUCAUCAAGGGACAUUCGACGAUGUUCGUGCCAACAAAACAAGAGGAACAGUCUGUGCUUUGGCAUUUCCUCUUCCAUGAGGACGAGACACGAAUGUCUUAUCUUGAAGCCGCAAAGUAUUGCCAAAGUCGCGUUCCCUUGGAAGAACUGGAUGCCUCUCAUUUAGAGACUUCCAGGAACUUCGUUGGGUGGUCCUCCUCUGUUUAUCUACAAACUGGGACUCGGAGCGAAAACAUCAAAUACGAUAAAAUCAGGUGGACUGGGUCUAAUUAUGCUUCGCCUGGAUGUGCUUUCGAGAAGGUCUCCAUAUCUGCCGGGAAAAUCAUGAGUGCUGGGGUAACUUUUGCUCGAGGUAUUAAAGACACUCCUUUGUAUUUGAAUCGUGCUAUGGCGUACGAGCAAGAGAUCCACGAUGCGGGGAAUAUGUACGUUGUUCUGUAUGACAUAGCCGACAAACGAGCUUGGCUUGUGGAUGGAGCCAAUGCUUUGCUUCACCUCACUUGCACUCAAUUGGCUACUGUAUGGUCACAGAAGAGUCGACUUUUCAAUCUCGAAGACUUUCACUACGCUGAUGUAAACAAUGGGCCCACAGCAGCAGCGUCUGCUCUGUUGGAUCCCGACAAUAGAAAAAUGGCGAUCUUCGAAGAGGUUGAAACAUGGAAGGAAGUAACUACCACAGUUGGAAAUGCUGCGACAACCUUGAACUCUGCAAUAAAAGAAGAGCACAAGGAGAAGAAGACACAAUGGUGCUAUGAAGAUCUUGUACGCCAGCUAUAUCAUGUCUUGGAACUCAUGCACGACUAUCAGGUCAAGAUUCUGACCUCAUCCGUCACAGGUCUACGGUUCACAGAUCGGGACAAACUUGAAGGAUUUGCACUCAUGGAUAUUGUCGACGGACCAAGUGCAAUUUUGCCUCGAGUUGCGAUCCUGAAACCCAGCGGAAAAGGCUGGGUCGACUUCACGAAAAGCAUUUGCGCCAUUACUCUCAUGGCCAGGGGAUUUGGCGAACUUAUCAAGUCAAACAGCCACUCUAACGUACUUUGUCGUGAGUGGCAAAGUGUUCCAACCGGUAGAGACUAUCUAGUUGCCUGCAUCUCUACUUUAAGCAAGAUUUGUGAGCGACAAGGAGAUCCUGAUGCUAUCCCUAUGGAGCUUGCGCAAGGCAUCUUCUGGCACAAGGCCCAUAUGAUGUUUGAAUCUUGCAAAUGCGGAAAGAGCACCCAGGAUUCCACGUGCGAUCGAGUGCAAGUACUUCUUCCACCGUCUUUGGGACGGAAACGACAUCCUCAGCCAUUUGGCGAACUGCUCGGAGCAGUGAUCUUCGGAAGAAGUAAGAGAUAUACUUGGAGUUGGCCGAAACGAGGAAACCCAACAGAAGGUGUUGCUGAUGACGAAGAAGAUGAUGAUGAGAUAGCGCACGAUAGUGGGCUAGGAUCUAGUCUUCAAUCGAGCUCUGGCACUGGAGCAGAUGGCUCAGAAAACCAGUCUGCGACGAAUUCAUCAUACAUGUCGCCGUUACACGAUACUGCUUCUGCAGUUAUGUCGGGAGCCUUUGGGCAUGGGAAUGAGAACGUCAAUUCUGUUCCUUAUGCUCCGAUGUUAAAUGUGAACCCAAGUGACUACUUGACAGUCCCAACCAGAACUCGGACGUCGGGAAUUAUACUCGGAGCAAAUGUACCAGAACAGACAUUUGGUAUGCGGCAGAGCCAUUAUACACAGACUGCACCCCCGUUCACACAAGACGCAGAACAAGGAAGAGGUCUAAAAAGGGCAUUCGAAAAGGUCAGAGACCUAGCUUUAUCGAACUCUCCAUCUGGGAAGAGGGCAAAGAGGAGUUGA